AUGGCGGGAAGGAUACGAGAAGUAUGGGCAGAGAAUCUGGAGGUGGAGAUGGCCCUGUUGCGGGAUACCAUUGAAAAGUACCCAUAUGUUGCCAUGGACACCGAAUUUCCCGGCAUUGUUGCCAGGCCAAUAGGCACGUUCAAAGGCUCAUCGGACUACCACUACCAGACCUUGCGCUGCAACGUCGAUCUGCUCAAGCUCAUCCAACUCGGCAUCACUCUCUGCGACGAAAACGGCAACCUUCCACCUGAUGUCUGCACGUGGCAGUUCAACUUCCGUUUCAGCAUAAACGACGACAUGUGUGCACCUGACUCGCUGGAUCUGCUCACAAAAGCCGGACUGGACUUUGAUCGACACGAAAGGAUGGGCAUCGACGUUGAGCAUUUUGGCGAGUUGCUCAUCACCUCAGGACUAGCGCUAUUCGAUGAUGUCAAAUGGGUCUCGUUCCACAGUGGAUACGACUUUGGCUAUUUGCUCAAGGUCGUAACGUGCAGUCCGUUGCCUGCGCAAGAAUCCGACUUUUUCGCCCUGCUGCGUGUCUGGUUCCCUUGCAUCUACGACAUCAAGUUCCUCAUGAGGAGCUGCAAGACGCUCAAGGGCGGUUUACAGGAUGUGGCAGAUGACCUUCAGGUGAGCCGUAUCGGUCAACAGCACCAAGCGGGAAGCGACAGCCUGUUGACGGCAACGACCUUCUUCAAGAUGCGACAAAAGUACUUUGACGGUUCGAUCGACGAUUCGAAAUAUCUCGGAUGUCUGUAUGGCUUUUCUUCGAGCUCGUCGCAUGUCAAUGGGAUGGUUCAUUACAGUCAAGGAAGGCCUGUAUCGGUGCAGAGCUUCCACGAUGCUUCAGCUGUGCCGCGGUCAGUGUCGGGCGGAUAUGCUGCCGGUGGUUACGGUUCCAAUUUCGGCAGCCCUUUCAAAUCGACCUUGUCCGCUUCCACUGAGCGAUAG